AUGUGGCUUGUUCCUCUUGUCUACCAUCUGUCCUUUGAGGCCAAUCUGCCCUCAGCCACCAACAACAUCUGGGAUGUGUUCCCAUUCAACAACGCCAACUUCUGCAGCCGUUUUGGGCUUGCCAAAGGAAAGGGUCUUUCAACUCCACUGGAAGGGGCUAUAGGCAAUCAAUUUAGUGAAGAGAUCAAGCUUAAGUGGCCAGCAAAAGCUGCUGGCACCAAACACUUUCUUCAAUGGCUUGACAAGGAGAUGAGGCAAUGGUUCACAGUGCAACAAUCCAAAACUGGGGGUCAAACUAAAGCAAAAGGCAAGAAAGGUAAAGGUAAGGCAAGGCAACAAAGUAGCAAUUCCAAGACUGACUCCAAGGACAAGCUUGACAAGAUAGGUGCCCCUAUCAAUAAAUUACAAGCAGGCUGGAAGCACAAUGCUCCCAAGACCAAUUUCAAGGAUUGGGACUGGCUCAUUGCCCACGCAUUUGGUGCACUGGGCAGCCUCUUUGAACAGCUCCAGGCACUGAUGAAGGAGUUUAGCUGCAACGCCAAAACCGUGCAUAAGGUUCAACGGUUUGAAAAGGCAUAUUUCUAUUUCUCAUAUUUACAGUUAACAAUUAGUAACACAUUAGUAAAUAGAUCAAGAGAUGCUGAAGGGACAACAAGCCCUUCAGGGAGGCCAACGUGGCAACCAAGACUGGGUUCAAUCAAUAUUGGAACAACGCUUGGAAGAGCAUUUGUCUUGCGCUCUUUGGGUCAGAUGCUUUGCAACUAA